GGGCAGAUAUCCAGGUGGGCAGGUGGCCAGGUGACCAAGUGGCCAGGUGACCAGAUAGGCAGAUGCCCAGGUGACCAGGUGGGCAGAUAGCCAGGUGACCAGGCGGGCAGGUGACCAGGUGGGCAGGCAGGGCUGCAGCAGCAGGGCCAUGGCCAUUCGGCCCCAGGGCUGGCUGGGCAGGCAGUGAUGCUCAUCUCCUGCUCUCCUAGGCUUUUGGGAUGUAUUUCCUUUAUGGUUUGAUCCAGUUCCUUUCACUCCUCAGUGCACUGGAGGAUGAUGGUCUCACCUUUAAGCUGCUCUUAAUUGCAGUGCCUGUGGGACAGAGUGAUUUUGGGCCCCUGUGCAGGGACAGAGCCUCACAGCAGCAGGGGACAGCAGGUGCAGAGUUUGUCAUGUGGAUGGCAGCUGCUCUGCUCAUUGCAAAGGGAAGCCCGCAGUUAAUAUUAAUUAAACUCAUAUGGUCAUCAUAUUCAAAUUAGAGACAGCUUAACUCUGAAUAUGUGAGCACUGUGCAUUCUCAGAUGCCAGAUAAUAAGAUGGGCUUUGUGGCCAUAAAAGUGAGAGAAUAGUGAAGUUUUAUGCUUGUUCUGGGGGGCACUGUGGCUGAGGCAGGUGCCAGGGGCCAGCCUGGCUCCAGGCAGGGCACAGGGCCCAGGGCAGCUGUGGGGGGAUCUCACAGUGGGGAGCAGCCCCUGGCACCCAACAUCAGUGCAGGGCUGAUGCUCUUGGCCAGUGGGGGUGGCUCUGGGUGAUUUAUUGCCUGUCAUGGGAGAACAAAGUCAAUGAGGGUGGUGUAAUAGUCCUAAAAGGAAGAGGCUGCUUCUUUUUUAGAAACCCUUUUUGCUUCCUCAGGGAAUGCAGAGACCAAAUAGGAAACAAAGCCUCAAAAUGAGAAAACCCGCUUCCUGCUGGAAAAGUUUAAAAAAAUCCAAUAAAUCCCUCCUUGGAUUGCUCUGGCAAGCCAUGAGCACUGCAGGAGCAGGAGGGAGCUAUUAAAUAACGUGCUGUCAAGGACAGGGGGGCUGUGCAGGGUCUGGCAGUCUGAUGACAAGGGCUUUGCCCAGGGUGGGUCAAACGUGAAGGUCUGAGCCCCAGUGAGGGUCUGUGCUGGCAGAGGCGCCUUCCCCCCACACUGGGAGAGUGUCAGAGGUUUGCUGUGGGGUGGCUGGCUUCAGUCAUGCAUUUUAAAAACAUCAAAUGAAAAUUAUUUUAUACGUUGUCUAAAACUGGACCUAAAUCUGUGUGAUGUUUUGUGAAAGUGCUAAAAUACUAAUGGUGUCUUGUGGUUUAAGGAAGUUUAUUUUUAUAUUUGUAAUUUUUCACUCAAAGGAAUAAUUUUCUAAGCACUGCAGCUGAUGUUCUGUCCGUGGUGCCUCUGUGUCAAGCAGCAUUCAGGGGCCAUAUGGCCCUGUGUUAGGUUUGGUUCUCUGCUGAUAGCGCAGGAAGGGGGAUCUGGGGGUUCCUCUUGUUCCAGCUUCUCUCCCUGGCUGAGAGGAUCAUCCCUUGGGAAUGCCCUGGGCAUGGAAUCAUCUGUUCCCUCUGGAAUAACUGUGCAGUGGGACAUUCUGAUUUAUUCAUGCUUGAUUCAAAGUGUGGGAAGCCUCAUGGAGGAGGAAAUUCUCUGUCCUUUCUGUUCUGCAAAAACCAUAGGUUGCCAACUGUGUGAGACAGAAAAAGUGCUAAGAUGCUCCUGGAUCAGAAUGACAUCAGGCUAUUUCCCCCAAACUGGAACAACUCUUCACUGUGGGAGGUGAUGGAAUGGGGGUGUGAUGUGCUGUGGCCCCAGCAUCACCCCCAGAUCAGAGGGGUCUCAGGGACAUGAGCCCCAGGUGCCUCCCUGCCCUCGGGCACCGCCUGCCUGCAGCUGGGCUCUGAGCUCCUGCUCAGCUGUAGAUUAUCUGAGGGUUUAGCCAUGAGAGGGUCUUUAUUCCCAGGCCCUGGUGGAGCAGAAACUCCUUCAGGCAGUCCUUAGCUCCUGGUGUGCUGUCUGGAGCACAGGGCUGUGCCUGGGGUGUGCUGGGGCUGGAGGAGCUGGUGCUGUGUUUGUUGUGUCGCUGUGUCUGUGCUGCCUUCCCCUCCCCAGGCAUGUCCUCGCCCUGAGCACAUGCUGUGGCACUGGCACAGCUGUGGCACUGGUGCCAGCAGCACAGGAGCUCCCUGCCAGGACCAUGGGAGCCCUGCUGUCCCAGGCACUGCCCCAGGAGCAUCCCAGAGCCCUGCAGCGUGCCUUGGAGUGCUCAGUGGUGCAGAGCUGUGCAGGGUGGGCAGUGCUGGGGUCUGUGCCCUCUGGAGGGUGCAGCAGUGUGCCGUGGAGUGCUCAGUGGCGCAGAGCUGUGCUGGGUGGGCAGUGCUGGGGUCUGUGCCCUCUGGAGGGUGCAGCAGUGUGCCGUGGAGUGCUCAGUGGCACAGAGCUGUGCAGGGUGGGCAGUGCUGGGGUCUGUGCCCUUUGGAGGGUGCAGCAGCGUGCCCUGGAGUGCUCAGUGGCGCAGAGCUGUGCAGGGUGGGCAGUGCUGGGGUCUGUGCCCUCUGGAGGGUGCAGCAGUGUGCCGUGGAGUGCUCAGUGGCGCAGAGCUGUGCAGGGUGGGCAGUGCUGGGGUCUGUGCCCUCUGGAGGGUGCAGCAGUGUGCCAUGGCAGGGCUGUGCCUGCAGCCGUGGUGGCAGCCAGCACACAGAGGGGCACGCUGCUUCCUGGGAAUGGCUUCAGAGCAGCAGGAAUGGCCACAGCUGCCAGGAUCCCUUCUCUUCCCCUGGGGCAAGGGGUAGCAGUGACGUUGGUGCUGAGCCUGAGCAGUGCCCCUCGCACAGGGGUCACCCUGGGAUGGCUCAGGAGCACCCACCUCCCUGUGCCAAGGUGCUGCUGCCCCUCAGGGAGCACCUCCCUGCCCAAAAGCUGCACUAGCAGCAGCCACUAUUGCACGGUGCCUUCUCCCUGCAGUAAUUUUAAUGUUGGUCAGAGCUCUGGUUUAAAAGCAGCAAACUGUGGCCAGUCCGUGGGGCCCUGCUUACAAAUGCCGUGGUUCUCCCAUUUCCCCAAAGGCUGCUGCUGGAGAGAAAGGGAAACUUGGCUUGGAAGGAAGGAAACUUGAAAGGGAAGAGCAAAUGUGGCUCCUGGCUGGCUGCAGACUCCACAUGAGGGACUGUGCUUGUAUUAAAAUGAACAGAAGAAGCUGCAGGUUUGUGGUGCUGUGUCACCUCAGUCAUCUCAAGAGCUGCACGUCAGCAGCACCUGGGUCAGCACUCUGAAAGGUGAGCCCAGGCUGGUGUGCCUGGCUUGGUGUGAGCUGGUUUUCCUCCUGCACUGCCAGGCUGCUCUGGGGCACCUGCACUGCUCUGUGCAAGCUGUGCCCCAUCCUGUGCAGGGGAAAUUCCUGCUGGGACAGGCAGUGAGGAAAACCAGUCAGGAUUGGAGCCCAGCCCCUCGGUGGGCACACAGGGACCCCCACCUGGCCUGAGCCUGGGCUCCUUGUGGCCAGUCUGGGGCUGUAACCGACAGCAAACCAGAGCUGAGUUUAAAGCCGUGCCUGGUUGGUAUUUGCACUGGUACAUGGCAGCAGCACAUUGCACUCCCCAGGUGAGUGGGGCUGUGCUGGGUGGAGCAGCUGCCCCAGGGCUGUCCCUGUGCCUGCUGGGGGGCAGGACAGUGACACAAGGCACACCCUCACUGCAGUGACCUUUCCUCGUGUGUGCAAACCUCAGGAAGGUGAGUGCUGUGUCUGUGCCCAGCUGCUGCUCUGCCCUGCUGCGCCCAGCUCUGCGGGAGCCCCUGGCAGUGUGCAGGGCUGAGCCCCUGCCGUGGGCAAAGGCUUGGCCUGGGCAAGGGCAGCAGCAAAUCUAGAAAAUGGAGAAGUCUCUGGUUCUGCAGAAAUGAGCUUUGCUGGAUUUGGAGGUUCUGGAGUUGUCUUGGUAGCUGGAUUUUCCCUGAAGCAGCAGCAGCAGCAGCAGUGCUGUGCCUGCACUCCCUGAUGGUGGCAAGACUUGUGGCAGAGGUGUGGGUGGGGACACUGGCUACUGUUAGCCCAGUUCCCAUUAUCCCAGUCUCCUGUUAGCCCUGUCUCCCAUUAUCCCAGUCCCCCAUUAUCCCAGUCCCCCAUUAUCCCAGUCCCCCAUUAUCCCAGUCCCCCAUUAUCCCAGUCUCCCGUUAUCCCAGUCCCCCAUUAUCCCAGUCUCCUGUCAGCUGCCGUGCUCUGCUGCCCCAGCCCCUGCACAUGGCACCAAGACAGAGGGUGCCAGGGCUGAGGACAGGCUCUGCUGCUGCGUCCUGCCUGGGCUGGCUCUGGGGCAGCUCCUGGAACCCCUGGUGAGUGCCCAGCUGGAGAGUGGGGCAGUUCUGGGACCACCACUGGGUGCUGUGCCCAGCUGGCAGCUCCUGGGGCUGUUGCUGGGUGUUGUGCCCAGGCUGGCUCUAGGGCAGCUCCUGGGGCUGU